AUGACGGGCGAGGACGAGGUGAUUGCGCUGCACGCAGCGUUGAAAGGCGAGAUGGAGAAGAAGCUUCAGUGGCUUCAAGAGCGAGGGGUUUCGCUGGGAUAUAAUGAGUAUAUUGCAGGUGAUUUGGCGGCGCUCCUGGAGUAUAUCGAGAAGAAAGAGAUCACGAGUAUUCGACUGGACGAGCUGAACAAGACGUGGAAUGCGUUCGGCGAAGAAACUGUUGAAGAGAUCAAGUCGUUGGUCGCAGGCGGUGCAGACAUCGACGCGAGGAACGAGGAUGGCUGGACCGCGCUCCAUUAUGCGGCACAAAACGGCAAUACGGAUGUUGUGUCGUUGCUGUUGGAUCGAGGCGCCGACGUGAAUGCUGUUGAGGAGGGUGGCUGGACCGCGCUCCAUUAUGGAGCAUCUAAUGGCAAUGCAGAUAUGGUAUCGUUGUUGUUGGAUGGAGGCGCCGACGUGAAUGCUGUUGAGAAGGAUGGCAGGACAGCGCUCCAUUAUGCGGCUGAAUACGGCAAUACGGAUGUGGUAUCAUUGUUGUUGUAUCGACGCGCCAACAUUGAUGCAGUUGAUAAGGAGAACCAUAGUCCGCUCAUCGGCAUGAUCUGGACAAUUUCGAAAGAGGAUCUAGAUGAAAAAAUUGCCGUUGCACGUUUACUCCUAUCAAGUGGAUCGAAUCCGAACUAUUUAUCUGUAUCGGUCGCCAAGGCGUCUCUGGAACAACACCGGAUGGGACUACUGGCGUGUGCGCAUCAUUGGCACGAUUGCUAUGAGAAGGGUAAACCAUUGACAAAGAUUCCGUCGGAAGUCAUUGAAGGCGGCGAGGACGCGGUCAGGACUUUUCUUGACGAUUUGGAGAAGACUUCUGUGGAUCAACUUGUCUAUCGGUCCAAGGUCUGUAUCGUCGGUCCAAGCACCUGGGGCAAGACAAGUCUUGUCAAGUCGAUGACUAAGAACGAGCCGUUGCCCGAGAAUAUUGAAGACCGAACCAUCGCAAUGAUGGAACGACGUCGAAACAGCACGAUGUGA